UCUCUCGCAGAGACUUCGGCGCCCGCAGUGGAAGUGGGGAGAGCUGCCUCUUGUUCCCUAUCCCCACUUUUUGAUUUUUAUUUUUAAUUUCUCCUCCCCUUUCCCCACACCCCCAGCAUCUCGGAGCACCCCUUUCUGUCGGGUUGCUAGCUGCCAGCACUGGGGCCUCCCUGUCGCAGGAGGCGAGUUCAGGUUAGCCCCUCCGGGCUGGACACUGACACACUGAACCCCGCGUCCUUCGGCUCAAUGAUUUCUGCCUAAGAGACUUUUUUCCCUUCUUUUUUCGCCUCCCCUUGCCCCCGCCCCACCAAAAAAAAAAAAAAAAGCUAGAAUUCCCCCUCACUCACCCAACUGCCAGCCCAUAUUUAUGUUGCCACCCUUCUGAGCACUCACAUUUUCUCUUUUUUAGACAAUUUGAGAGGUCAUUUGGUCAUUAUCUUUAGUUCGUUUGCCAAAUUCCAUACUUGAUCUGAUUUUUUCGCCCUUUAAUCCCCAUCCAUUCUCUAUUUUGAGGAUCUCCCCCCUUUUUAACUCCCCCUUCCGAUUCUUAUAAAAAAAAUGCACUACUAUCUCCUAAGCGUUUUCCUGACCCUGGAUCUGGUCACCGUGGCGCUGAGCCUCUCUACCUGCAGCACCCUCGACAUGGAUCAGUUCAUGCGCAAGAGGAUCGAGGCGAUCCGGGGCCAGAUCCUCAGCAAGCUGAAGCUCACCAGCCCCCCUGAAGAAUACCCCGAACCUGAGGAGGUUCCCCCGGAGGUGAUCUCCAUUUACAACAGCACCAGAGACUUGCUCCAGGAGAAAGCCAACCGGAGGGCAGCGGCUUGCGAAAGGGAGAGAAGCGACGAGGAGUACUAUGCCAAAGAGGUUUACAAAAUAGACAUGCCCUACUACUCAGAAAAUGCCAUCCCGCCCACUUUGUACAGGCCCUACUUUAGAAUUGUCAGAUUUGAUGUCUCAGCAAUGGAGAAGAAUGCUUCCAACUUGGUGAAGGCAGAGUUCAGGGUCUUUCGGCUGCAGAAUCCCAAGGCCCGGGUGUCUGAGCAACGGAUCGAGCUCUAUCAGAUUCUCAAAUCCAAAGACUUAACAUCCCCAACCCAGCGCUACAUUGAUAGCAAAGUUGUUAAGACCAGAGCAGAAGGGGAAUGGCUCUCGUUUGAUGUCACCGAAGCCGUGCAUGAAUGGCUGCACCAUAAAGACAGGAACCUGGGAUUUAAGAUAAGUUUACACUGCCCAUGCUGCACUUUUGUACCAUCCAAUAAUUACAUCAUUCCGAAUAAAAGUGAAGAAUUAGAAGCAAGAUUCGCAGGUAUUGAUGGCUCCUUCAGUGAUCUGAAAACUAUAAAGUCCACUAGGAAAAAAAACAGUGGGAAGACCCCACAUCUCCUGCUAAUGUUGUUACCCUCCUACAGACUUGAGUCGCAACAGUCCAGCCGGCGGAAGAAGCGUGCUCUAGAUGCCGCCUAUUGUUUUAGGAAUGUACAGGAUAACUGUUGCCUGCGUCCGCUUUAUAUUGAUUUCAAGAGGGACCUUGGAUGGAAAUGGAUUCAUGAACCCAAGGGGUACAAUGCUAAUUUCUGUGCUGGUGCCUGCCCAUAUCUAUGGAGUUCAGAUACUCAGCACAGUAGAGUUCUCAGCUUAUAUAACACCAUAAACCCAGAAGCAUCUGCGUCUCCUUGCUGUGUAUCCCAGGAUUUAGAACCUCUCACCAUCCUCUACUACGUAGGCAAAACCCCCAAGAUUGAACAGCUUUCCAAUAUGAUUGUCAAAUCUUGCAAAUGCAGCUAAAAAUCCUGGAAACAGAUAAUGAUGAUCACAGCGAUGAUGACGAUGAUUACAACGAUGACGAUGAUGAUUGCGAUGAUAAUGGCAUGCAUACCAAGAAAAAUAAAGAGAGAGCCUCAGUUCAUCAGUGUUAAAAAAAAAGAAAAAGAAAAGAAAAAGCGGUACUAGUAUGAAUACUUUGGAAGUUUGGUUCUUUGUUUUUUAAAACUGGCAUCCGAAGCAAAAAAAAAAAAGUUGAAGGCCUUAUCCUACAUUUCACCUUCUCUGAUAGUGAGAUAGACAAGAAGCAAGACCUUUUUUUUUUUUAAAGAAAAAAUAAACACUGGAAAAAUUUGUUUAGUGUUAACUAUGUGAAAGGAAAAAAACAGGAAAAUCCCAUUAAGUGGAGUUGUUGUAUGUACCUGUCCUGUCCCAUGCCUCACUUGAUUUCUCUGUAUUGCUAUGCAAUAGGCCCCUUUCCCAUUUCUUUUAGCUGUAGAGUUAACAGUGCAUUAUUUAUUUGUGUGUAACUAUACAAUGAACAUUUCAUGGCCCUCAGAAAGCAAAAACUGGUGGAUGAAGAGGAGACCAAAUCAGUGGCCAGAAACCUGAGGAUGGAAGGCUUAGGGAACUUGAACUCUUGACAAGCUGGGGGGAAAAUAAAAAAGAAAAAUUUUAAAAAGGCCACAUAGUGGAGUGAAGACUGAAGUCAGUGAUUACAUGACUAAGAAAGUCUGACUUGAGACAAAAAAGAAAAAACAAAAACAAAACCCAAACACGUAUUUCAUAUGCCAGAUGCCUAAGGAAGCUUCUUGUAAGGUUUAAGAUACUGAAAAAAAGCUCAUUAAUAAAGGAAAUCUUUAGCCUGAAA